AUGCUAGUGCAAAAUUACAAGAAUUUCCCCCCUCACUGCUUAUCUGGCUCUACCUGCCCACGCUAGUUGACUGUAUUUCACAGGGUUGCGUAAAGUGAAAAGUUGUUCCUUUUCUUUAAAUUUCUCUCCAACUAUUUCUAACCAACAAAACGAAAUCUCAUCAAGAUUUGAUUUUCUUCAUUUGGGUGCCUCUAUUUUUGUGUGAUUUCAUCUGGGUAUUUCUCCAUUUGUGAUUUCGUAUCUGGGUAUAUCCUAAUUUGGAGUUUCUUGAUUUUGUUUUUGCUUUAAUUUUGGAUUUUCUGGUAAUCAAGAAGGGUAAUUUUCUUGAAUUAUCUGUAGAAGGUGGAAAAGAAUGUGGGUGUUUGUUGGUGCAUGAUAUUGUAUCAUUCUUGGUUGGAUGAUUGUGGGGGAUUUCAGUUUAGAUUAACUUGUCAAGGUUUUGUGUUUUUUCCCUUGAUUUUUGGAGAAUAGGAAAUGAGGGAUUUUGCUGGGACACCAGGGACUGUUACUGCACUUAUUCUUAGAAUGUUGCAGUGCUUCUUUGCAGCUGGUUCUAUUGCUUCUAUGGCCACUACUAGUACCUUUUUUGAGUUCACUGCUUUCUGCUUUUUGAUUGCUUCAAUGGGAUUGCAAAUUCUCUGGAGUUUUGGUCUUGCAAUUUUGGAUAUAUAUGCCUUGGCAAAGAAGAAAGUGAUCCACAAUGCUGGUCUAGUUAGCCUCUUUGUAGUCGGAGACUGGGUCACAGCAACAUUGUCCCUUGCUGCAGCAGCAUCCUCAGCUGGUAUUACAGUAUUGUACUUCAGUGACUUGGGUGGAUGCAGUUUCGGGGAAGAAUGUCAAAAAUAUCAGAUGGCAGUUGGUUUGGCCUUCUUAACCUGGGUAACAAUAGGAAUAUCCUCUGUAAUUAUGUUUUGGAUUUUGGCUGCAGGCUAGGCCCGUUCCAUACUUCUCGCUAUACUGUGCAGUCCAUGUCUUGAAUUCUUUCAUUUUUUUCUUUGUGUGGGUUUGAUAUACUGUAAUGUGUCUACACCAAAGAGAACUGGAAGUAUACUUAGAAGCAGAAAUGUAUUUGUACUUGCUCAAAGGUUUUGUAAAGAAUUAUGGUAUGUAUAAAAUGGUACUUUAGUUUUAAGGCUCAUAA